GGAGGAGGGGGGGGGUGGAGAGGCUGCCUCUCCCAGGGCCUUCGUCAGAGCGAAGUGGCCGGGAAGAGCCGCAGCCCUUCCACCCAGGAGAGCACGAGCACCGGGGCAGGAGCUUUGGGACCGCACCCUUCCACGGCGGACGAGAUGAAGCAGCUCUUCCUCCUCCUCCUGCUCGGGCUCAUCACCAGCUCCUUGCAGAUCGAAGACAACAAGAUCCCUGGGCUGUGCUCGGGGCAGCCAGGAAUCCCAGGGACUCCGGGCCUGCACGGGGGCCAGGGUCUGCCAGGCAGGGAUGGACGAGAUGGCCGGGAUGGUGCCAGGGGGAUGCCCGGGGAGAAGGGCGAGAUGGGCCCUCCUGGAGUGCCCGGUCCCCGCGGGGAGGUGGGCAGCCCCGGUGUGGACGGGCUGCACGGCGAGAAGGGGGCGCAGGGCGAGUGCGCGGUGGCCCCUCGCUCCGCCUUCAGCGCCAAGCGCUCCGAGUCGCGCAGCCCCCCCCUGCCCGACCAGCCCAUCCUCUUCGACGUGGUGCUCAUCAACGAGCAGGGCCACUACGACCCCGCCUCGGGCAAGUUCACCUGCGAGGUGCCCGGGCUCUACUACUUCGCCGUGCACGCCACCGUGUACCGCACCAGCCUGCAGUUCGACAUCGUCAAGAACGGCCAGACCGUCGCCUCCUUCUUCCAGUACUACGGGAACUGGCCCAAGCCCACCUCGCUCUCGGGGGGCACCCUGGUGCGCCUGGAGCCCGAGGAUGAGGUGUGGGUGCAGGUGGGAGUGGGGGACUACAUCGGCUUCUACGCCAGCGUGAAGACGGACAGCACCUUCACCGGCUUCCUCGUCUACUCCUACUGGCAGAACUCCCCCGUCUUUGCCUGAGCUCGCCCUCGGCUGGGGAUGUGCCCCUUCCCAGCCCCCAGUGUGGUGGGAGCCAGGGCACCGGAACCCCUGCCCUGCUCGGGGCAAGGAACACAGCCCCUCUGCCAUGCCGGGUGUGGCGAGGAGCGCCCCUCGAGCUCACUAUUAUCUCGGGCAUUUGGCUCUGGAGGAGCCCCAUCCCCUGGUUGUGCAGUACCCACCGCACGGUGCAGCUCCCUGCCGCUCCCCGGCCGGGUCUGUGGGUCAGGAGACCGUCCCGGGGGUCCUGCCCCAGCCAUACCCUCAAUAAAGGGCUGCUCAGCC